CUAAUGAUCACAAGAGUAUUACGACUGAGAUUAGUUCUCCAUUUCAGUAUUCAGAUACUCAUAUUUCAUUUAGAGGAGUUCUGUUUAUUGUUCCAUAAAUUAAAUUUAGGUGAUUUUUGCUGUAUCUUGGUGACUAUAGUUAUUUUGUUUGAAAGGUUUCCUUUGUUUUGUCAAUCCAACUGGAUUCAAUAUAUGGCGACGGCGCUAAGCGACAUUGUGUUUCAUCUUAAUAGUCUAAUUAGUCUACAAGCGAUAUGAUUGAAAGACGUUCUCUCCUACGUCUUACAGACGUUGCAAGUGGGUACUUGUUCGUUAGGCUUGUUUUCGUUUGUCGUUUCGUGUUAUUUACUGUUUUCUUUCUUCAGGUCUUGCUGAAUUGGCGCAUAGAGAGUACCAAGCUGGUGAUUAUGAACGUGCAGAACAACAUUGUAUGCAAUUGUGGCACCAAGAUCCUGAAAACACAUCGACUUUAUUACUACUUAGUUCUAUACAUUUCCAAUGUCGACGAAUGGAUCGAUCAGCUUACUUCAGUCAACUUGCGAUCAAACAAAAUCCUCUGAUGGCAGAAGCUUAUUCUAACCUCGGAAAUGUCUUCAAAGAACGAGGACAACUGAAGGAAGCAAUCGACAACUAUAGACACGCAUUGAGAAUCAAGCCAGAUUUUAUUGAUGGAUACAUUAACUUGGCUGCUGCAUUAGUCGCAGCGGGAGACAUGGAGUCUGCAGUGAAUGCCUAUGCCACAGCAUUACAAUACAAUCCAGAAUUGUAUUGUGUACGGAGUGAUCUCGGAAACCUACUGAAGGCUCUUGGACGCUUGGAUGAGGCGAAAGUAAGGCGGCAUAUGAGUCGCCGCGGCGCGCUGCGAUUCUUUGCUUGGAUGUUUUUUGCUAUGUGUUUUCUUUUUUGAAAUAGCGGUUUUCACUGCCGCCGCGCUGCCUAUUUUAUCCAACCAAACUUUCCAGACAACCUACAGCCUUUCUAAUGAACGAGGUUUUUUCUUUCAAACAGCUAUGUGUGUGCAGUCUCCGGUUGGCCGCUGUCCCGUCAAUCCUUCGGUCCGAACUGGUUCUGUGAACAAAUGCAUUCGUGAGUUCCCCUUCCUAAUACCCUUCGCGCGAUUCCUUAAAGGUGCAAGUUUUGCACUGCGCUUUAAGUUAUUUCACAUCAAGUUCGGCUCAGGAGUGGUGAGUCGCUGUAUGUUGUAGGUACAUUUGGCGCUCGCAUGCAUAGCUGUAGACCUGUUGGUUGGCAGCCGCUCAGCACACUCGUCUUCCCCAUAUCAUUACGUGUUUUUUCCUCUUUGUAGUCAUGCUACCUAAAGGCAAUCGAGACCUGUCCAACUUUUGCAGUGGCUUGGAGCAAUCUUGGUUGCGUCUUCAACGCUCAAAAUGAAAUAUGGUUGGCAAUCCACCACUUUGAGAAGGCUGUAACAUUAGAUCCCACCUUCCUGGACGCGUAUGUAAACCUAGGAAAUGUACUCAAGGAGGCCCGAAUAUUUGAUCGAGCGGUAGCAGCCUAUCUGAGAGCUCUAACAUUAUCUCCGAACAACGCUGUCGUUCACGGGAACUUGGCCUGUGUUUACUACGAGCAGAACUUGAUAGACCUCGCAAUCGACACAUACAAAAGGGCAAUUGAAUUGCAACCCAACUUCCCCGAUGCUUACUGCAACUUGGCUAAUGCUCUCAAAGAAAAAGGAAAGGUUUCGGACGCAGAGGAUUAUUACAAUACGGCUUUAAGACUAUGUCCUACGCAUGCGGACUCACUGAACAAUCUAGCUAAUAUUAAACGUGAGCAGGGAAAAGCUGAAGAAGCUAUACGGUUGUACGUUCGAGCUCUAGAGAUAUAUCCUGAGUUUGCAGUGGCUCAUUCCAACCUCGCCAGUAUGCUUCAGUUGCAGGGAAAACUUCAGGAAGCUUUGUUGCAUUAUCGAGAGGCGAUUCGCAUAUCACCAACAUUUGCUGAUGCCUACUCUAAUAUGGGGAACACGUUAAAGGAGUUGCAAGAUGUUCAGGGCGCAAUGCAGUGCUACCAAAGAGCUAUACAAAUCAACCCUGCGUUUGCCGACGCUCACUCAAACUUAGCCAGCAUCCUAAAGGACAGUGGUAAUCUCGCGGAGGCCAUAACGUCCUACAAGACUGCACUUAAGUUGAAACCCAAUUUCCCAGAUGCUUUUUGUAACCUUGCUCACUGCUUACAAAUUGUGUGUGACUGGACUGACUACAAGCAUAGAAUGAAGAAACUCGUCUCUAUGGUUCAGGAUCAGUUAGAAUCCAACCGCCUACCAUCUGUACAUCCGCAUCACUCUAUGCUAUAUCCACUGACACAUGAACAGCGUAAAAAGAUAGCCGGAAAGCACGCCUCUCUCUGCUUAGAGAAGGUUUCUCUGUUACACCAUCAACCGUUCAGGUUUGCCAAAAAGUUACCUGCUGGUCAGCGCUUGAGGAUUGGGUAUGUUAGCUCUGACUUCUGCAAUCAUCCGACUAGCCACUUGAUGCAAAGCAUUCCUGGUUUGCACGAUCGAACAAAAGUUGAGGUAUUUUGUUACUCGCUGGCACCAGAUGAUGGUACCAACUUCCGAGCCAAGGUGGCGAAUGAAGCCGAACACUUUAUUGACUUGAGUGGGAUUCAAUGUCAUGGGAAAGCUGCUGAUAAGAUUGCUAGUGAUGGGAUCCAUAUCCUACUGAAUAUGAAUGGCUACACGAAAGGUGCUCGUAACGAAAUAUUUGCGCUAAAACCCGCACCCAUUCAAGCUAUGUGGUUGGGUUAUCCAGGCACAAGUGGUUCGACGUUUAUGGAUUACAUAAUUACAGAUAUGGUCACGUCACCUCUUCACCUUGGUCACCAGUACUCUGAGAAGUUAGCUUAUAUGCCCAAGACAUUCUUUAUCGGAGACCACCAGCAAAUGUUUCCUCACUUACGCAAUCGGGUAGUUCUAGAGAGUGCUGAAGAUGCUACUGCUGGUCGUCGCGUGAUGGAUAAUUCUAUCGUGGUCAGCGGUCUGGAUAUCAAACCCUUGUUGCAAGUGGCUUGUGUACGUGAGGUCAACUACGGAGGGCGCUUGGUUGAGGUUCACGGUAACCAACGGAAAGAAGUAUCUUAUUUUGUGAAGCUAACGGUCUUAACUAUUCCUUCCUUACAACCUAUUCAAAAUAUGAUACGUACGAAUAGUCCUUCCUGUACCAUCAAUGGCGUGGUCAUUCACAAUGGUUUGGUGACACAGCAAACACAAUCGAAAGCCUCAGCUGGUGAGGAAGUGCCGCGUGACCUAAUACUAACCUCUAGACAACAUUACGGCUUGCCGGAGGAUGCUGUUGUAUUUUGCAACUUUAAUCAACUGUACAAGGUUGAUCCGUCAACAAUGCGGAUGUGGGUUGAGAUUUUAAAGGCUGUUCCUAACAGCGUACUGUGGCUGUUACGUUUUCCAGCAGCUGGAGAAGCUGGGGCACUUGCAGCAGCCUCGGAAAUGGGUCUUCAGCAAGUCAAUCGCCGUAUUCUUUUCAGUAAUGUCGCACCCAAAGAGGAGCAUGUUAGGCGCGGUCAGGUUGCCGAUGUCUGUUUGGAUACGCCCUUGUGCAAUGGACACACUACUGGGAUGGACGUCUUGUGGGCUGGUUGUCCUGUGGUCACCCUUCCUCUUGAGACUUUGGCUAGUCGGGUCGCGGCAAGUCAACUUCAUACCUUGGGGUGUCCUGAGCUUGUAGCUAGCAAUCAAGAAGAUUAUGUUCGUAUUGCAACUAAGUUGGGGAACAAUCGGGAGUACUUGCAGGCAAUGCGAGCCAAGGUUUGGAAGGCAAGAGAGUCAUCACCGCUUUUCAGCUGCCGUAGCUACGCUGCCGACCUAGAGGCUUUGUACUACCGAAUGUGGCAACAGUACGAGGCCGGCACAAUAGACCACAUCGUAGAGUGGCCCUCAAAGUCCAACAAGGAGAAUGCCUAGUUUACUUAAUGUGUUCUUUUCACCUGUAAAUAUAUCAUUUAUUAUCAUCACUGCU